UCCUACUUAGUUCCUGCCUUCCUGAAGCCUCCAUCCUUUUGUAGGUCUCCGUGGGUCCGUCGGUGGGUCAGUGUGGAAGACUCAUCCCUUGCUGGUGACAGAACCGGGCACCGAGGAAGAACGGGACGCCUAGGAAGCCAAGGCAGCGAGGGAAGGAGGACCCCGGCAGGCGACAACAUGAAAUUCAGCCCAGCGCACUACUUGCUGCCUCUCCUGCCCGCGCUUGUCCUCAGCACCAGACAGGACUAUGAAGAACUUGAAAAGCAGCUAAAAGAAGUCUUUAAGGAGAGAAGCUCUAUUCUGCGUCAGCUAACAAAAACAUCAAGGGAACUUGAUGGAAUUAAAGUGAACCUUCAGUCUUUAAAAAACGAUGAACAGUCUGCUAAAACUGAUGUUCAGAAGCUUCUGGAAUUAGGCCAGAAACAAAGAGAAGAAAUGAAAUCCCUCCAGGAGGCACUGCAAAGUCAACUUAAAGAAACAUUGGAAAAAGCUGAGAAACACCAGGCUACUAUUAAUUUCUUAAAAACUGAAGUGGAGAGGAAGAGCAAAAUGAUCCGAGACCUCCAGAAUGAGAAUAAAAGCUUGAAAAACAAACUCUUGUCUGGGAGUAAGCUAUGUGGAAUUCAUGCAGAAGAGUCAAAAAAAAUCCAAGCUCAGCUGAAGGAACUUCGAUAUGGGAAGAAGGAUCUGUUAUUUAAGGCCCAACAACUGACUGACCUGGAACAAAAGUUAGCUGUGGCUAAAAAUGAAUUGGAGAAAGCAGCCCUCGACAGGGAGUCACAGAUGAAAGCAAUGAAGGAGACUGUACAACUCUGUCUGUCAUCUGUCUUCCGUGAUCAACCACCCCCUUUAAGUCUAAUCACAUCAAAUCCUUCUCAGAUGUUACUUCCACCCAGGAAAAUUGCUGCUAAGAUUCCAGAUGCCAGGGUAAAAAGCAAGCCUCAACCAAGUAUUCCUGGAAACAAUGACACCUCUACAGUUGAGUCAACAAAGGAAGAAACUCAGAAUACUACUGUCUGUGAUUCUCAACAUGAGGGCAAGUCCUGUCCAAUGAAGCACAAAGAGAGCCCACCCCAAACCAUGGCAGAGUCAGAGUCUGUGCCACAGAAAUUGCAAGUGCCUCCUUGUUCUGAAUGCGAGGUGAAAAAAUCCCCAGAAAAACAAUUAACUAACUUUGAAAGGAAUCCAGCUAGAGAAGAAAAAAUACUGUAAAUUCUAAGAAGUUGUAACUAAAACAUUCAUUUGCUACUGUCUUCAUACCUUUUUAGACUGUAGGCUGGAUGGAGAUACUGUUUCUAAGCAUGCAAUUUUUUCCACAACUUUAUGUAACUUUAUAUUCCACACAAUGUCCCCAAAAUUCCAGACCAAUUAUGAUCCAUAAGCAAUAAUCUAUUUGAAAUUAAGUCUUAUUCUCUUAAGUAUUCCACUGAUAUCAGUAAAUUACUCAAUGUAAAUUGGUCUGGUUUGAUCUGAAAUGCCAGAUAACAUUUCUUGUUCAUUUGGAUAUCUAAGUAUUUCUAGGGUCUAUACUAGCCAAUUGGUGUCAAUUUUCCUCAAGCUUUAUCUUUGAAGACCUGAAU